AGCGCUGGCCAAUCAGAGGCCGCCAGCCUCACCGAGGGACGCCGAAUCCCUUCGGCUAUUUCCGCCACCGGAGUCCCGAUGUUUUCCGACUGCGCCCAAACCUAGUGCCGAGCCUCUUCGGCAACUUCCGGAAAUCCGGAAGGGAGGCUGCCGAGCGCGUUCGGGCGUCUCCGGCACGGCAGCGACGCUCGGGCGACAGGAGGGCGGCCGCGCUCCGGCCCCAGCCAGACAUGCGGCUGCUCUCGCGGGCCCUCCGCGCGGCGCGAGGCUACCGAGCGGCCGCUCUGGCGCCUCGGAGCCUCCGGGCGGCGCCGGUGGCGUGGCUGAGCGGGCGGCCCGGCCUGGAGGAGCUGUUCGCCGCGCCCUCCCUGCGCCGCCUGCUGGAGGCGCGCGCGCGGGGCGAGGGCGGGGCGGCGCCGCAGCUGGCGGCGCGCGUGCGGCGGCUGCGCGACAAGGAGCGGGAGCUGCGCGACACGCGGGAGCUGGCCCGAGAUGAGAAUGAAGAUUUCCGGAAGCUUGCAGAAACAGAAAUUGCUUCCUGUGAAGAAGAGAUAGCUGAACUGAAACAACAGAUAGUGUUGCUUUUGAUUCCUUCAGAAGAAACAGAUGAGAGUGAUCUUGUCAUGGAAGUAACUGCUGGAGUUGGAGGGCAGGAAGCCAUGCUGUUCACCUCGGAGAUAUUUGAUAUGUAUCAACGAUAUGCUGCUUAUAAAAAGUGGAAAUUUGAAGUAUUAGAAUACUUUCCCAGUGAAAUAGGUGGCCUAAGGCAUGCAGUAGCCAGUAUAGCAGGUGCUGAGGCUUACAAAUACAUGAAGUUUGAAGGAGGAGUGCAUCGUGUUCAGCGGGUGCCAAAGACAGAAAAACAAGGACGCAUUCACACCAGCACAAUGACUGUUGCAAUAUUACCCCAACCCACUGAGAUGAGGCUGCAAAUCAAUCCAAAAGAUCUACGGAUAGAAACAAAGCGAGCUAGUGGAGCUGGAGGCCAGCAUGUCAAUACCACAGACAGUGCUGUACGGAUAGUUCACAUUCCAACAGGGAUUGUGUCUGAAUGUCAGCAAGAAAGAUCCCAAAUUAAAAACAAAGAGAAGGCUAUGCAAAUGCUAUGUGCUAAAUUAUACAAUGCCAAACUAGAAGAAGAAACCAAAAAGAGAAACAGUGCUCGAAAGAUUCAAGUUGGGACUAAAGGAAGAUCAGAGAAGAUCAGAACAUACAACUUUCCACAGGACCGGAUUACAGACCACAGAAUAAGCAGAUCAGUGCAUCAUGUUGAGUCUUUCAUGCUAGGGGAAGAAAUGCUAGAUGAAAUGAUACAAACUCUGAGAGAAUAUGCUGAUUAUGAAUCUCUAAUGGAAAUUAUUUCAGAAAACGAAAAAAAUAAUUCCUCCUGAACAUUGUUCUUUCUCAGGCCAUUACAACAGAUGUAGACCUUGUUCUGCAAAGAAGCUUCUUGGAGCACCACCCAGAAAAUGGAAAUUCCUUUCAGAUCAUGAAGAACAUCACAACUUGUUUCUUCAUGAAUAUUAAACAGUCUUCUUACUUACUGGGUAAAAGACUUCAUUAUCUUAACAUAAGACAUUUUUGCUGCAGUAGUCCUUUUCAAAAGUUUAUUUGACUGCACCAGAAGUAACAGCAGUUUUUAACUUUUUCUACUGAGAACUGAUUGACCACUCUCAAAAGGUAUGCCUGCAUUAAAAAAGUUCCAGCUUUCUGUUCAACUGUGGCUUAACCAUCACACAACAGUGGAAUAGCUUACUUGAGUGAACAAAAAAAAAAAUCCUGUUGUUUGAGUGACUGGAAAAAAGUGAUAAAUAAAUGACCCCACUCUUCCUAUCUACA